UACACAGUAGGUGAAACAUACAAAUCAUUAACUAUGCACAACAUCGCACGAACGUCGACCUGUCUAUCCCUUAAAGUUGUGUACGUCAACGACACGAUAACGCCGAGGCCGAACACGAGUUACAUACUGCCGUUAUGUACGUUUCAAUAGAUUUUGGAUCAACCGACAUUGUGUAUAUACUUAUCAUGGACGAACUAUAAGUCAUCCAAGUGAAGUUGAUUUGAUCUGUGAGCGAAUACAUUACAGGUGUUGUAAGGAGUCGACGGCAGAAUGUUACAUGUGUAUAUAUUAUAUUGGAACUCGCUGACAUGUGUCAGAUGAAAUUGAUUUCUCGAGUGAAAUAAGCACACGUUUUCAAUCAAUGUUGGAAGCUAAAUGCUAUGGCGUUUUAAGGAGGAAAGUGGCAUAGCGGUUUUGUCCGCCAGGUGUUACCUGCUUAUGUUAAUAUCGUACCUUGUGUUCUGGUGAUUAACUUUGUUUACCUGUACAUGUGAUCGAGAAUAAUUAAUAACAAUUACUGCUGAAAUCGACCAUAUGUCACUUGCCCCAUUCGGAGUGUACUAAGAUGUCGGCUAAUUAAGCUUCCGUUCUUGGCUGAAUAUACUACCUGUACCAUGUACUUAGUCAUGUAGUUAAUGCCACCAUAAUAAACCGAUGUGAAGCACGUCACCAUUUACAUGUUUAUAUAUAUAUUACAAACAACCUAACGGUGUUUUUAAAAAAAAUGGCUCCCGAAGAUUUUCCAGAUGGAUUGCUUCUCUCUAGAUACGCUGAGGGUCAUCUAUAUUUGACUGUUAUAUUCUUAUUGGUUUUCCUCGGAGGCCGGGUUGUUUACAGACAAUUUCGCAGGAUGAGGCUUAAACUGGCCGUAGUGAUCGUAGGGGCGGGCCCUGUGGGUCUGACUGCUACAUUCAUAGCCAUGCACAACCCGAGGGUGGGGCAAAUCACGGUGUACGAGGAAGCCCCCCGCGAACGUAUCAUCAAUAGCUCCUAUCAAAUAACAUUAGAUGCUACCAGUUUCACUUUUUUGGAAAGCAUAGGUGUGGAUUUCAAUAAUAUUGAAGGGUGCCGUGAGUCAGGGCUAUUUUAUACCCAAGUUGGAGUUUACCUGCAAUACAUAUUAGAACAGCUUCAAUGCAUUGGACAGCACUGUCAAGUUCGUUUUGGAUCUAAGUUCGAUAAAGAUGUAAGGAAGAGUCUGGAAACAGAAAAAGGUCGAACACUGGUCAUCGUAUGUGAUGGAAAAAAGGGCCAGUCAGCCAGACUUCUUGGCCUGGAUGAUUUUACUGAGGAGGUGUCAUGUCAGACCUACGGCGCCAUGGCAGGAAUUGAACGUCCACACUUGCGCGAAGUUCCCACACAGGAAAUCCGGGCACAUCAUUUGAACUUUGAUCUUUCGGCAUAUGGACCAUACGGUCAGGAUCAAAACGGAUCGCCAGGGUUUAGUUUGAAAAUAUUCGGAAAUAGUAAAUACAGAUAUGUUUGUUUAGCGAUAAAAAAAUGUGAAUCACCAACAUUAAAGGCCUUGAGGACUAUACUUGAUAGAUCGAUGAUGCGAAAUAUCUUCCUCAAAUGUUUCAAUACCUACAAACUCAAAUCAGAGCCGGGUUUGAGCGAGUCGUUCGUGCUCAACCACAUGAAGUACAGUCCCCGCCUUUUUGAAGUCCGCUACACUCAAAGAUACGAGACAGUUGCCUAUUUCGACGAUUGUGACAUGUUUGUGGUGGUCGAGGGGGAUGCUGCUUUGUCCUGCAACUUCCAUACAGGUAUGGACAUUAAUCAGGGAAUAAGAGGCCUUCAUUCUCUACAUCAGUUUAUAACGAUGGUAACAUGGGCGGAAUCCGAACAGAGUAUAUCUUCAGCCUUAGCAUUUAAGAUGCAACACUCAAGUAAAUUGUUUAGUAAAUUGUCACGUGAUGGCAUGCAUGAGUUCAUGUUUUCGUGACUCACCAUUUUAAGAACGCCUAUUUUUGUGAUGAUAUUAAUGUUACAGAGAACACCUACAGCGCCGAUGUUUUUAGGAUUUGCAUAUUGUGGUUCUAUUUAAUAAAAGAUUUUAAAAACUUCGAUAAAA